AGGCAGGAGACACUUGCUGGAAGAGUUUCUCGGCAUACAUCAGCAUCGAGCAGCAGCGGCCAUUUUCACAGACCAUGUGGUUAGCGGUGUGCAAAAAACGUCUCGUUUUGCACCAGCAGGACUGCUGCAGUGGCAGGGCUCACAAUGUGUCUCUGUGGAUAUGGAUUUUUUGUUGGAGUGUGACGCUCAUCAGGGGACAGAGCUACCACCCAACCGUGAAUAUGCAGUAUGGGAAAUUACGAGGUGCACGUGUUCCUCUGCCCAGCGAGAUCUUGGGACCAGUGGACCAGUAUCUUGGCGUGCCGUACGCUGCCCCACCUGUGGGGGAGAAACGCUUCCUUCCUCCUGAGCCACCCUUGUCUUGGUCGGGGAUCAAAAACGCCACUCAUUUCGCGCCGGUGUGCCCGCAAAACAUUCACAACGCCGUUCCGGAGAUCAUGAUGCCAAUCUGGUUCACCUUUAACUUGGAUAUAGUUGCCACUUACAUACAAGAUCAAAACGAGGAUUGUUUGUAUCUAAACAUCUAUGUUCCAACGGAGGAUGUCAAAAGAAUAUCCAAGGAAUGUGCCAGAAAACCCAACAAGAAAAUAUGUAGAAAAGGAGGAACCCAUUCCAAAAAACAGGGCGAGGAUUUAUCCGAUAACGACGGCGAUGAAGAUGAAGACAUACGAGAUACCGGAGCCAAGCCUGUGAUGGUGUACAUUCAUGGAGGAUCAUACAUGGAGGGAACCGGAAACAUGAUUGACGGAAGCGUGCUGGCCAGUUACGGGAAUGUCAUCGUUAUCACGCUCAACUUUCGAGUCGGCGUCCUAGGGUUCCUCAGCACAGGAGACCAAGCUGCUAAGGGAAAUUAUGGGCUUUUGGAUCAAAUCCAGGCUCUCCGUUGGAUAAGCGAGAACAUUGGCUAUUUUGGCGGUGAUUCCAAUCGCAUCACUGUUUUUGGAUCAGGAAUUGGUGCCUCUUGUGUGAGCCUUCUGACCCUGUCCCAUCAUUCUGAAGGACUAUUUCAUCGUGCCAUAAUCCAGAGUGGCUCAGCAUUGUCUAGCUGGGCUGUCAACUACCAGCCGGUUAAGUACACAAGGCUGCUGGCAGAGAAAGUGGGCUGUAAUGUGCUGGACACACUAGACAUGGUAGACUGCCUGAGAAAGAAGAGCGCUCGUGAGCUGGUGGAACAAGACAUCCAGCCAGCGAGAUACCACGUAGCCUUUGGCCCAGUCAUUGACGGCGAUGUCAUUCCCGAUGACCCUGAGAUCCUGAUGGAGCAGGGUGAGUUCCUCAACUAUGACAUCAUGCUGGGUGUUAACCAGGGCGAGGGUCUGCGCUUUGUGGAGAACGUUGUGGACUCUGAAGAUGGCGUCUCGGGCAAUGAUUUCGACUUCUCGGUCUCUGACUUUGUGGACAGUCUUUAUGGUUACCCAGAGGGAAAGGAUACACUACGAGAAACCAUUAAGUUCAUGUACACGGACUGGGCAGAUAGAGACAACCCUGAGACACGCCGUAAGACUCUGGUGGCGCUUUUUACUGAUCAUCAGUGGGUGGAGCCCUCAGUGGUGACGGCAGAUCUUCACGCCCGGUAUGGGUCGCCCACGUACUUCUAUGCCUUCUACCACCACUGCCAGAGCCUGAUGAAGCCCGCUUGGUCAGAUGCGGCUCACGGAGAUGAGGUGCCCUACGUCUUUGGCAUUCCUAUGAUUGGCCCAACCGACCUGUUCCCCUGCAACUUCUCCAAAAAUGAUGUCAUGCUCAGUGCUGUUGUCAUGACCUACUGGACAAACUUUGCCAAAACUGGAGAUCCCAACAAACCAGUGCCUCAGGAUACCAAGUUCAUCCACACUAAAGCCAAUCGCUUCGAAGAGGUAGCCUGGUCCAAAUACAAUCCUCAAGACCAGCUGUACCUGCACAUCGGCCUCAAGCCACGAGUCCGGGAUCACUACCGUGCCACUAAAGUGGCGUUCUGGAAGCACCUGGUCCCUCAUCUGUACAACCUUCACGACAUGUUCCACUACACCUCCACCACCACCAAAGUGCCACCGCCCGAGACGACUCAGAACUCCCUGUCCACCAAACGUCCCAACGGCAAAGCCUGGCCGUUCAACACCAAGCGGCCUCCGAUGUCUCCAGCAUACAACAGCGAGAGCGGGAAGGAGCAGUGGAACGGAGAAGAGGAACCAGGCCCUCUGGUGGUGGAGAACCCACGGGAUUACUCCACUGAGCUGAGCGUAACCAUCGCAGUGGGCGCUUCUCUGCUGUUCCUCAAUGUUCUGGCGUUCGCUGCUCUGUACUACCGCAAGGAUAAGCGCCGACAGGAGCAGCACCCACAACCCAGCUCGCCACGAGCCACCACCACCAAUGAUGUGAACCGACACGGCCCUGAAGAAGAGAUCAUGUCCCUGCAGGUCAACCAGACGCACCACGAGUGCGACGCAGGGCCGGCCGGUGACCCGUUACGGCUCGCUUCACUUCCCGACUACGCACUGUCUCUGCGGCGCUCGCCUGAUGAUAUUCCACUCAUGACGCCCAACACCAUAACCAUGAUCCCCAACUCUCUAGUGGGCAUGACCAACCUACAUCCCUACAACACCUUCACAGCGGGCUUCAACUCCACCGGCCUGCCACACUCCCACUCCACCACGCGUGUAUAGCUUUAUGGCCAUCCGACAAAGGGAGGGAUGUGGGGAAAGUCUUCGGUUUUCAUGAAAACGUUGAAGUGAAAGGAAGGGGGUUCAGGACGAUGACGGAAACAAGAAUAGACUUUUGCAAAAAGCAGUGACAAGUUCUUUCCAGAUGUCAAGUUGUGCAAACCUGCCAAAACAGAACUGCUCUCUUUCCUUUGAAAAGGGAUGAGCGUUUCAAGCAGUAUUUUUUCUAAUCAUCGUUUAAAAAAUAAUGCCUUUUUAUGCAGAAUCGGGCAAAUCACUUUUUUCUUGAAUAAAUAACAAAAAAACUAAAGAAAGUGCAUUUUAUUUCCCUUUACAGUCUUUUGUGGGAAACGUGUUUCAAAACAGUGGCCUCUAAGGUGACAUCUGCAUAAUAUUGUUUGCUUUGCUUUUCAAUUUCUUUUCAAUGCCUUAUAAAGAGCUGUUUUUUUCUUCUUAAUUUGACGAUCUUUCCCUGAGAUGUGUUUGUGUGGAACGUAGGGAUCUGACUUGAGACAAACGACAAAUAUGGAAACGGCUGGAUUGAAAUGGUAACUGCAACUCGUUUUCCAGUUGCAUAACUACACAGUUUUUUUCUUGGUUCCACUGAAAAUCUUUUGUUUGAAACUUUUUCAUCGGACAAGACUGGAGAUAAAGACUUUUAAAGUUACUGUAAUUGUUUUGUUUAAAGAAAAGUGCAUCUUUUACAACAAAAAUUAGCUAUGGCUCCUGCGUCAGAGCACUGUUUGACUGGUGUGUGUGCGUGAGAGAGGUUCUGAGUAUGAAUGGGAAUAUUUGAG